UACCCCCGUUUUCGACUUGGAAUUCCGAGUUAGACGACCGUUCAAACACCUGUUCCCAGUCGUUUUUUCCGAGUUCCCGGUUAUCGUGAACGUACUGAAGAUAUUUCCGAGUUCCCAGUUGUUUUGAACGCGGCAUAUUUAUGCACUGAACGCGAAACCGUAUUUUUCAGCUGACGAUGUAAACAAGAGGAUUGGCGAAGGCGAGAACUCGUUCUGUCCACUAUAAUCUUCAAUGAUUCUCCUUAUUUAAUCACAAAAAGCAGCCAUGGGGCUACCUGUUACGAUUAAAGUGAAUUUCAGGGGGAAUGUAAAGAAAUUUGUGGCUCCAGAUUUGGAUAAAUCGGAAUGGGAGUCGGUUGAAGCCUGGAUAAAAGCAUCGUUUGGCAUAAGCCAUUUCCAAGUGAAAUAUUUUGAUGAGGACAAUGAGGAGGUUUCUGUUAACAGUCAAGGGGAAUAUGAGGAGGCGGUGAAGAGUGCAGAGAAGCAGGGGAACCAGUUGCACAUGAACGUUUACAAGGCAAAGCAGGGUCAGGCUGGCGCUGGGCCGGUCAAGGCCCAAGAUGUGAAGGAGCUGAAGGGUGACCUCCGGCCGGCCCCUCCGUACCCCUCCAGGGUCAAGACUGUGGACAAAGGCACACAGGUCACCCCUGAGCGAGAUGUUGUGGUUGUGAAGGACAACAAAUUGACCAAGCCAGAGGAUAAACCACCCCCAGCUUGGUUCAGAUCUUACAUGGAAAAAUUCAAGGAUGAGGUGGUAAAGGAGGUAGUGGAGAAAAUGUGUAACGACUUCUCUGGCCAGUGCUGCACCCACAAGGCUCCUGACCACGACGGGCCCCUUGAGGCCCUUGGAGCUGUAGGUGGAGUCAAUGUCAAGGGGAAAAAGAUCAGCUCCUCCUCCACGGGGCCCCCUGCCUACACUUCAUUGGGCUAUACUCCUGACUGCAGCAAAUGCAAGAGACCAGCCUCUGAUGGAGCGUAUCAGUGCAGUGUGUGUCCAUCCUGCAUCUUAUGUGAGCUGUGUCGACACAGCCACGACCCCAGCCACAACCUGGUGAGAACUAAGACGCCCCUCUCCAUCACUGAGCACGGCAUGUCAGGAGAAUUAAGGUUCCCAAGGCGAGGAGACAGGACGGUGCGCAAGGCUGAGCGUCAGCGCCUCAAAGCUGAGAGUAGGCAGCUCAAGGCCGAGGUGAAGGAGAUCAAGAAGAAGCUGAGGCUGGAAAAGAGGGGCCUGCAAUGGAGCGGCCCUGCUUCUACCUCGGCCAGAUCCAAUAUGGCCACCACCCAGGCUCCAGCCCUGGCCCCUGAUCCUGCUGCUACCCAGGCCUCAGAACCAUCCCCAGGUCCUGCCCCAGACCCCCAGGCCUCCAGUCCAGAGGGUCCCGAGGUCUCCCACACCACCUUGGUGCCCACUAUGGCUGCCUUGUUUCUGGAUGAAAAUCUGCCUGAUGGGACCUUCCUAGAGCCCGGCACCAAGUUCAUCAAGUACUGGAAGAUGAGCAACUCGGGCACCAUCAACUGGACCUCAGAGACCAAGCUGAAGUGCAUGUGGGGUAACCUGGCCCUGGCGUCGGAGGAAAAGCGCGAGGUGGCCGUGCCCCUGCUGCAGCCGGGCCAGAUGGGCGUGGUCAGUGUGGCCUUCGUUGCCCCGGUGAUGGAGGGCCCCUACACCUCCCACUGGCGCCUGGUGCACUGCGGAGAGCAGUUUGGCCCCCGCGUGUGGUGCAGCAUCGUGGUGGCCCCCAGCACCAGCCGAAACACCAACUGUCCUCAGAGCAAAUGCCUGAAGGACGAGCCCAGGCCUGUGGUUGUGGAGAAGGUGGAGGGAUGGUCCAGCUCCAGGGACAAUGGACUGGCCAUGUCUGUAGACUACUGCCACAGAGACUACUACUUACCCUCUAUAGACCUGCUCACUGCACAGGAUCUGUUGUCCUUUGAAUUGCUGGAUAUGAACAUUGUACAAGAGUUGGAGAAAGUUCCAAACAACACUCCAGUUGAUCUGACACCCUGUAUGUCCCCUCUGCCCCACGACGGCCCUCUACUGGAGAACCCAGGCCCUGCUCUGUUCCAAGACAUCACUGAGACAAACAGGGUCAAUAACCUGCUGGGUGUGAAGAGGGAGAACUCGGACCCCCUUGGCCACGAGGAUGGGGAUGAGGGGGACAUCAGCGGGUCUCAGUUUGUGUGUGAGACGGUGAUCCGCUCUCUCGCCCUGGAGGAGGCUCCCGACCACAAGCCCCCGCGCAGACAUCAACCCAGCUACUGCAAGCCCAAAGCACUCCCAGCUGUAGCCCCGGGACCUGUCUUUGACUAUGAGAGGAAAGUACUUGACACUGCAGUAAGAGUGGCAGGACCAGAUGUGCUGAUGGGGGUUAUGAGAGGUCAAGGUUCACCUCCAGGCCUUCCCCAGAUCACACUGUCAGAGGAGGAGACCGUCACAGAGGUGCUUUUGGCCCCAGAGGUUGAAAAUGUGUACAUGGAGCUGCAUGCACUGAAGGAGGAAGACAAAAAAGCCAGAAAUGAUGUGAAGGAGGAGGAGGAGGAUGAAGAAGAUGAAAAGAAUGUGAACUACGAUGAGAUGGAAGAAGACGAGACAGCAGACUGGGAUGAGGUGAGCAGCCAGAUAUCCACCUUGUCCUCGUCCUCCUGCGAAGACUACGUCAUCGUCAUGCCCGACUGCUUCGACACCAGUCGGCCGCUGGGUGAGUCCAUGUACAGCUCCGCCCUCUCUGAGCCUGUCACUACUGCAGCCGCGGAGCAGGAGGAGGAUUCGGACUCGGAGCGUGAGGAACUGGACAGGGUCACCCCAGAGGGGGAGAGGCAAGAAGGGGCCGGGGCUGCAGCCUUAGUCACGGAGGCUCCAAUCCACAGCAGUGUCAACCAGAUGCUGUGUGCCUCACAGACACUGGACGCCGUGCCCCUCACCCCCGAGGUGGUGCCCCCGCCCAUCCCUCUCCUGUCCCCACAGGCCCUGUACACACACAGGUCUGAAGCGGUCCAUGUUGCAGAGCCAACGAGUCAACACGCUUCUGGACCAGUAGAACCAUGCGAACCAGCGGUCCGUUUAAAUGUAUCUAGUCAAACCAGACUGGCAGGCUCCGACAGUGUCUUGGAGACGUACAACUCCAGACCCCGCAGCUACCCCCACCGAAGGGGCCAAGGCGGUAUGACUGAGGGACUUGUCAAGGGGGCUUUGUCAGUGGCAGCGUCUGCCUAUAAGGCUCUCUUCACUGGACAGAGCUGCUCCACAAAGCGUGGUGUGGAUCCGGCCAGCCAGGACGCCUCCAUGAUGGCUGUGCUGCUGGAGAUGGGCUUCGGGGACCAGCGGCUCAAUCAGCAGCUUCUGAGGAAGCACAAACACAACCUGCUGCACACUGUCAAUGAGCUGGUCGCAAAGGCCGAUUAUGAAUGGGGCGCCGCCACACGCUACUGAUGGGCCAAUAAGCCGGGCCUCUACGCAACCCCUGACCUCUGUGACACCCAAUGAGAGAGAGGGCUUUUCAUUAUGCCACUGAUGUCACUGACAUGUUAGGUAAUGGGCCCUACCUAUUGCCACGUUCAUAUGCUACUUGGAACUAGGAAACUCUGAGAUUUCCAACUUCCUGAUUCAUUGAACGCGGCACGUGUAUAACUACUACCAGUUAGCAUGUCGGAAAUGUCAGAUUCCUAGUUCCAACUAGCUGCUGAAUGCGACAUAUUGACAGGGCUAGGGUAGGUUCUCUGUCCAAAGAGAAUGGAGGGUGUUGGUAUUGAAUGUAACCAGAAGUCCACUUUUAUCCUUUGCGGAUGGUAUUGGGACUAUUGUUGUUUUGAAGGACUUACAGGGUUGAUUCACAGGGGAAUUCAAUUACAUAGGAAUACUAAAGAAGGCAGAUGUCAGAUUCCUUUUGAUUUCUGUUAGAUAUAGUAGUGAAUCGGUCUAAACAAUGCAAUCUUGUAUGUAUCAAAAGUACUGUUAUUUUAAUGUUACUCAACAUUUGACCUGUGGAUUGUGUUAUGAACAGCCACUGCAUAUUAAGGAAAUAAGCUGUUUCUUUUUAAGAGGUGCCUGCAUGUCAGGUUUAAGUAUAUAUUAGUUAUGUAGUUGUACUAUAGGAGUCACAGCUAUAAAUGUUGGCUCUGCGUCCCACACAUCCUCAUGUUCAAACUUUCACCCUGUAAGAAUCAACCUUGUUCAUAUAUUUACAUCAUACAACACUACGUAUAUCCAACCGUUAACAUCUAUAAGAGACAUUCCUAAGUUUGUUCAUGGAACUGAGUUUCUCAUAGUUUUUAUUGUAUUUUUAUGCAUAUCAGUAGUGACUGGUUCCUGUGUUACUAUGGUGAUCUUACAUGAAUGGUCAUGUGAGUGCGUAGGUUUUAAUCACUGUAUAAUCCCGUUAUGUUAGUUUUUGCUCUGUAUUUUUUCAUUUAAAGAAAAAUGUGAUUUGUAACUGGACACAUUAUGUUUGUGAUUGUGAUAUUUCUUCAAAUACUCACCCUUUAAAGGAGCAUGCUUUGGAAGAAAUGCAGAAUAUUUUUCCUGUGCUUGGUUAAGGGCUUUCCUUUCAUUCAGCAUGUAAGUAAGUACCAUGCAAUUGUCAGUUAGCCAAUAAACAACUUGCACAAUU